UUACUUGCACAUUCACGUGAAUCAUCCCUGGAUGGUUGAAUAGAAGCACGGGGAGGAACAACGGUCUAAAUCUUGUUUUUAUUCUAGAUAUUUGCAUUCUGAUGAAAAUAAUAUAAUAUUUACUCGCUCCAAAGGAUCAAGAAUCUUUAAAAUAAUGGCAAACUCGAAAAGAACUGGUUUGUAUCUAGGCCUAGGUGGAACAGCAGCGUUUGGGCUCUAUCUGCACCGAAAGUACCGCGACGCGCUUGUGAAUGAUGUGAGGAUGAUACGCUUUGGCUAUCGUGCCCUUCAAUUUAGAGGAGCCUUGGAGAGGGAAGACAAAACUAUCGUAGAUGUAUUCUUGCAAAGUCUUGUAAAUAAUCCCAAUAAACCAAUGAUUUUAUUUGAAGACUCUGUAUAUACGUAUGCUGAUGUAGAGAAGGAAUCCAAUAAGAUAGGCAAUUAUUUACGAAGCACAGGAAUUUUGCAACAAAAGGACACUGUGGCUUUAAUUUUGCCAAACGAGCCGGCGUAUAUUUUCAGUUUUCUUGGUUUACAAAAGCUUGGAAUCAAUUGUGCUUUGAUUAACUAUAACCUUAGAGGAAGAGCUCUGUUGAACUGUAUCAAAAUUGGCAAGGCAAAAGCAAUUCUCUGCAGUGGUGCUGAUGAGCAUAUCAAAGCUGUGAUGGAGAUACUACCUGAACUUGAGCAGAGUGGAAUAUGUGUGUGGGUGCUGGGAACAGGAGAGAAGUUACCACCAGGAAUGACUGGCCUUUUAGACCACCUCCAAAGGGCAUCAGAUGCCCCAGUACCAUUUGAGUGUCGUGAUAAAAUAACACAUACAGACAAUGCAGGCUAUAUAUACACUUCAGGGACUACAGGUUACCCAAAGGCUUGCAAGGUUUCUCAUGGACGGUUUAUUUUAACCUCCUUCAUUCUUGAUAUAUACGGUUUGAAUUCUGAUGAUGUCGUAUACACACCGUUGCCGCUUUAUCACAGUGCAGGAUUUGGCCUGGGUCUUUUAAACAUAAUAAGAGUUGGAAGUACCAUUGCACUUAGUCGAAAAUUCUCAGCCUCGCAGUUCUGGGAUGAUGUAAGGCGAUAUCGCUGCACUGUCAUACAGUACAUAGGGGAGAUAUGUCGCUACCUACUAGCUCAGCCGAGGAGGCAUGAUGAUGGUAAAUAUGCUCAUAAACUGCGCCUGGCAAUAGGCAAUGGGCUAAGACCAGACAUCUGGGAGGAGUUUCAGUCUCGGUUUAAUAUACAACAUAUUGGUGAAAUAUGGGGAGCAACUGAAGGCAACACUAUGUUCCUCAAUAUCGAUGGAAAAAUUGGAACAGUGGGACGAUACACUCCAUUGAUGAAGCUUUUGACUGGAUCAAUUCAAAUACUUCGGUAUGAUGUAGAUGGGGUUGAACCAAUCAGAGAUAAGAAUGGAAGGUGUAUUCCUGUAUGCCCAGGAGAGAUGGGACUGAUGGUGACCCAGAUCAUACCAAAAAAAAGCGAGUUUGAAGGAUAUACCGGGGAAGCAGCAACUCAGAAGAAGAUAAUUCGCAAUGUGUUCAAAGAUGGUGAUAUGUAUUUUAAUUCGGGAGACUUGAUUAAAAUUGAUAAGGAAGGCUAUAUCUACUUCAUGGACAGGCUGGGAGAUACAUUCCGGUGGAAAGGAGAGAAUGUAGCCACUACAGAGGUAGCAGACGUUCUUGAUGAAUUCCCAGGCAUUGUGGAGGCAAAUGUGUAUGGAGUCAAGGUGCCAGGACAAGAUGGCAGGGCAGGAAUGGCUGCUCUCACGCUGCAUGACAACGUCGAUGUAUUAGACUUUAAGAAGCUGUAUGCACAUGUAACAAGCAAGUUACCAUCUUACGCCUGUCCAAAGUUCCUGAGAAUAAUGACAAAUAUGGAAAUUACUGGAACCUUCAAACAUAAGAAAGGGGAGUUGGUAAAGGAUGGGUUUGAUCCCAACAAGGUUUUUGACCCCAUGUAUAGAAUUGAUACUGCAAGCAAGAGUUAUGUCCCUCUUAACAAAAGCAACUAUUCUACCUCACAACAGCUCUCAAGUAAAUUGUGAAGUUAAUUUAACGCUUUUUGUUUGGUUUGAAGAUUAUUUCAAUAUACUUAGUUAAUAAUUUAAACAAACUGAUUUUCUUCAUACAAUUAGUGUAUAUUUCAAUCUUAAUUAAUAAAUAAUUUGUUAAACUGUACUUAAUGAUACGCAUUUUAUUGGAUUUUUGUGUACAACAUUUACCUCAUUAAGGUUUAAAGGCAAAAAAAAAUCUUUUUGUCUCUAGCUCAGCGGACCAAAAAUCAGGAAAUUCUAGGAUUGGCAUUUUUUGGCAUACAUUUUUUUUUUACCUAGGAGGAGCCAAAAAUACUUAAAAUAAUACUUUAAUCAUGGAAUACUAUGGUUACCAAUUCACCAAAAAGCAGUAUGGGGAGAAUAAUACUUGGCAGUGAACCCAAGAAUUAGGCCUAGGCCGAUAGUAAAAAAUUAAAUUUGCCGUCCGACUGAUCCUUGAUCUCCGAACGUCACUGUGCUUGAGAAAUAAUUUCUUUAAUACUGUGUGUUUAAUCUGCAAUUAAAUUAGUUUAAGUAUGUUAUGAGAAACUAACAAUUUACCUACUUGCAAUGGACCAUUCCAAAGUGCCAAUCAAACUUAACAACUGCCCUAUCAGAUAUACUGUACGCUGUUUGUCCGUAGGAACAGCAACAAUAUCCAAGAGGCGAGGAAAAAAUUUAAACGAUUGAGUAUUUCCUUUUGGUUUUAAAUAGUAAUACAGUAUUACAAAAUGUUUUAAAUUUUGGCAUUUAUGAGAAAUUAACUAUAUUAUUUAAUAUAAUAAAAAAAUUUCAAAAUUUCCAUAAUUAUGUGUCAAUUGUAAAUCAGUAUUAGAAUUGUGAUCUGAUGCGAUGAUGAAAUAUAAAAAGUGCACAAUCAUUCAA